CUUGAACAGAGCUGCAAAAACUCAAACUGUUUGUUCUUUCAGAUUGAGGAUUUGUUCAAAAACAAGGGUCACUCGUUCAUGUGGAAUGAGCACCUCGGCUACGUCCUCACCUGCCCAUCCAACCUCGGCACAGGCCUGCGUGCAGGAGUGCAUGUCAAACUGCCUAAUCUCAGCAAGUACCGCCAGUUUGAAGAGAUCCUUAAGAGACUGAGGCUGCAGAAACGUGGAACCGGUGGUGUGGACACUGCAGCUGUGGGCGGUACUUUUGACAUCUCCAACGCUGACCGCCUGGGCUUCUCUGAGGUGGAGCUGGUGCAGAUGGUGGUGGAUGGAGUCAAGCUGAUGAUAGAGAUGGAGAAACGGCUGGAGAAAGGCCAGUCCAUCGAUGACCUUAUGCCUGCCCAAAAGUAGACUGCAUUUCAACCUCACUUCACACAUUCUUCUCUCUCCACCUCCUCUCACCUUUGUUAACUGAUGGAUUAAAUGUUUGUUGACUUGU